AUGAGACAUGAUGAAUAUUUAUCUAGGAGUAAGACUACAUUUGAAGGAAAAUUGGGUGGGGAUGAGCCAUUUUAUGACUCAGAUGAGCCUGUUAGCUUUGAAAUAGAGACUGAUGAUGAAGCUGAUGACGAAGAUGUGGUUGAAAAGCCUACCAAGAAGUCAAGGAGACCAAAAAGAAUUAGAAAUAGGUUUAGGAAAGCACUUACUAGGUAUGCAGUUCAAGAACAUGUAGAGUUGAAUAAAUAUGUCAAUGAACCAACUAGGGUGAGGGUAAAGUGUACUGCUGGCUGUCCAUUGUUAUUGUUUGCCAGUUUUGAUUCUAGAACAAAUGAUUUUGUUGUGAAGAAUUAUAAUCCUGUUCACAAGUGCAAUGGCACAACAAAGAACAAGUUGGUAAAUUCUUUGUAUAUUUCAGAAAGGUACAGGGACAAAAUUAUUUCUGAACCUGGCAUUAGAAUUUUUGAGCUUCAAAAUUUGAUAAGAAAGGAAUUAGAGGUGUAUAUUGGUAGGACUGUGGCAAGGAAAGCCAGAAGCAUUGUUUUGCAACAAAUAAUGGGUGACAAUGUAGAGGAGUUCAAAAGAAUUUUGGAUUAUAGGGAUGAGCUUUUAAGGACUAAUUCAGGUAGUACAUGUGUGGUUAGGCUGAGUGAAGAAACUUUUGAAGGUGGAUUCAAAAGGUUUCAGUCCUUUUAUAUAUGUUUUGAUGCCAUGAAGAAGGCAUUCAAGGCUGGUUGUAGGAGGGCAAUUAGGUUGGAUGGGUGUUUUUUAAAAGGUGUUAGUAAAGGGCAAAUGCUUGUGGCUAGAUGGUUUGUCAACAUUCUAAGGCAUGAUCUUGAGCUUGGAGAUGGGACUGGUUUGACAACUCUUUCAGAUAUGCAAAAGGGUCUGGAUAUAGCCAAUAAGGAUCUACUGCCAAAUGCAGAACAAAGAAUGUGUGCAAGACAUGUGAUUGCCAAUUUUUCCAAAAAAUGGACAGGCAUAGCGAUUAGAAACUGCUUCUGGAGAUGUGCUAAGUCCACAUAUGAGCAGGAGUUUCAAAAAAAUUUGGAUCAUAUGGAGAAGUUAGGUGAUGGAAUAAAUGGAGAUUUGUGGUAUUACAACAUAGAUAGGUGGUCCAAGGUCUACUUUAAAUACCUCAGCUGUUGUGAUAGUGUUGACAACAACAUGGCUGAGAGUUUUAAUUCCUGGAUUUUGGGGCCAAGGCACAAGACCAUUAUCACAAUGCUUGAGGAAAUUAGAGUCAAAAUUAGGAGAAGGGUAGGACAACUAAGAGAGUUUUCUGAGACUUAG